AUGUCCGCCGCCAUACCCCAGCCAGCAGCCGCCGCCAACACAAACACCCUCAACAGCGCCCUCCAGGCGGAAAACAUCCACAACCCCAGCUCACCGCCUGCCACCGAGAAGCCCCUCGAAGAAGGGGAGAUCGAAGAGAAUGCCGCCGCAGAUGAUGGAAAGGUCAAGACUGUCUUUGACGACGCCAGCAAGUUCAACGUAAAGCAUCCAUUGUUCUCCAACUGGACACUCUACUUUGACUCUCCCCAAUCCAAAAACCUUCCCAAAACUCCGGGAACCACCCCCACUCUGCCUCAAGGAGCAGGUAGCUGGAUGGACGACAUCCGAAAGGUCGUUUCGUUUGACAGUGUUGAGGAAUUCUGGGGGCUAUACAACAACAUUGUCCCUCCCUCUCAGCUCCCCGGAAAGGCCAACUAUUACCUCUUCAAGAACGGUAUCGUCCCUGCAUGGGAAGACCCCCAAAACAAGAACGGCGGCAAGUGGGCUAUUCAAAUCCCCAAGAACCCGGAUAGUAAAAGCACGAUUGACAAGAUCUGGCUCUAUACUAUGCUCGCCGCCAUUGGUGAGACAUUCGAGACCCCCUCUGGCAAGGCGGAAGUUGCUCCCUCUCCUACCCAAUCUGAUCUUGUGACUGGUGUCAUUGUCUCCCCUCGACCCGCGUUCUUCCGUAUCUCUAUCUGGACACGGGAAGCCGCCGACGCAUCUUCUCCCGACACCGAGACCAUCAAAGCCCGUCUCCUCAGCAUUGGGCAACACUUCAAGUCAAGUGUACUUGGCCAUGAUCUCGAUUCGACACUUGUUGGGGCAGGCUACCAGACAGAGGUCACGUUUGAUGCGCACAGAGAUUCGGACAAGAAGCAGAACAAGAACAAGUUUUCGGUCUGA